CUGGACUUGGAGGACUUGCUUUACUCUUAGAUCCAGGAUUAAAUAUACAUUAUCUAUUAUUUAUAUAUUUUUCUUUUUGGUAGUGGGCAGAGUAGGAUUUUUUCCUGUAGCUUCUUUUUUUUUCACUUGCUGUUUUGGAUUUUGAAGAGAAAGAAAUACUGGGGGAAAAAAUUCUAACUACGGAUGGACAGUUCUGUAGAGGCAGCAGGCCACAAAAGGCUGUCUGAGAAUUCUGCAUCUACAGAUAGAGUUUCUCCUUCUGACUUUGAGAGUGUUGCUCUUGAAGGGGAUCUGAACGGCGAGCUGAUGAACGAAGACAUACGUAUCCAUAGCUGGCCUUGUUCUUACUACUUAGACACCAGCAAACAAUGGGUCUCUGGCAGACUCUCACUGACUCCUGUUGCAAUCACAUUCACAGCUGGCAAGACUGGGGAGCUUUUGGUCAACUUCCAUCUUUCUAGUAUCAGUGAGAUCAAGAAGGAAUCAACAAAUUUAAUCUUCAGCUCACUUACCAUCUUAGAGAAGAACACCAAGCACUGGUUUAGUUCUCUGCAGCCCAACAGAAAUGUGGUAUUCAACAUCCUUGAGCACUUUUGGAGGGAGCAAUUGCUGUCAAGCCAAGGAGCGGAAGCAGCAGCUUUGCAAACAACAAAGGGAAAAGAACUGACAGGAUUAUUGAGUGGUUCACAGAAACGGCUGGAGGACACAGCAAAAGUGCUGCAUUAUCAGGGCGAGCAGUUUGAUAGCAUCAUGAGAGGACUCAACAAGAUCGAAGGGGAUAUGGAUGUAGCAGACAGGUUGUUGACUGAGCUCGAAUCUCCUUCUUGGUGGCCGUUCAGCAGCAAGCUCUGGAAAGCACCACUGGAAGCCAAGCCAAAGGAAACUGCCACAGUUUCCGAUUCGAAGAACCAGGAAGGAAUCAUAAUUAGAAUUCCAGUUAUUAUCACCCACAGAACAGACUCAAAUGUCAAGCCAGGAAAACUCACACUCUUUGCUUCUGGUCUGGAAAUCAGUGACUGCAACUCUCAGGUCAUUCACCGUUUUGAAUCAAAGGAUGUAGAUGAUAUCAGAGUUCAUACACCAUAUGAAAUCAGUGUCCGUCAGAGAUUUAUUGGGAAGCCAGACACCUCUUAUCGGCUCUUGUCAGCAAAGAUGCCAGAAGUAAUCCCUAUCUUGGAGAUGCAAUUUAGCAAGAAGAUACAGUUUCUAGAAGAUGCCCUAGGUUUUGCUGGUGCCAGGAUGUCCCCUCAGGUAGAUUUGGGGACCUCCAUUUGGCAAGCAGCCACGGGACUCCUGGGAGGAGUGGUGCAGCCCAGCUCUCCAGCAGGAGGCAGAGAAGGGAUGGACAGUGACCACGUCCAGCUGCAAAAGCAAGAGAAGAUCUCCCAGGAAGAAGCAAAAGAGCUUAAACAGAUACUAAAGAAGCUGAAGGGCCUUGCCUUGGAGACAGAAGCUGAGCUGGAGAGACAGGAUGAAGCUCUUGAUUCCAUCACUACCUCUGUAGACCGUGCGACGCUGAAUAUUGACAAGCAGAACCGCAGAAUGAAGAAAUUAACGUAGCGCCUACAGGAGCCAGUGGGGAUGGUAUCAUGAGGAAGAAGAGGAUCAGAGAACUGUAUUUAUCAAGACUGUUUCUUUAAUAGACACUUUGUGUGGGAGCUGUUUGCAAUAUUGUCUGGAGUACAGUGCUGCUGUUACUGAGUUCCUGUGGGUUUUGAAAUGAUUUCCAGACUUAGAUGAUGUUUGAAGGCUGUUUUAGGAUUAAAAAGGCCAAGACUUUUAAUUGCGGUGGAACAAUGAUAGUGGCUUCUUUACUACAGAAAAUCUGUAAAUAUGAAAGGAUGUGAUAUAAUCUGAAUCAACUUUUAUGUGCUUUUUUUAUGUUGCUGCUUUUGAAAGGUUGGGUUUUUUUACUGCAAAGAAGAAGUGAAGGAGAAAUGAAAUGCAUAUGAGACUACUUUAGAUGAUUACAGCUUAUUAAUUCCCUCUCAAGGUCUUUCUUUAAAAAAGUUAAUAGCUGAACUAAAGACCAGAUGUCCAACUGCAAGUCACUCAGGCUUUUGUUUGUAACUUAAUGCUGAGGUGAGCAAAUGAUGGUGAUAAAACCUUGUGUUCCCUAAGCAAAUGUUUUUAAUAGGUUUCAAUUGUGCUUUUAAUGUACCUAGAAAUUUUAUAAGAAUAAUGAAGACUUAGUGGCCACAGCUGUCUGUUGCCACAUCCUGGAAAAUGGAGAAGGUGGUUAGUUAAUGUGCAUGUAUUGGUAGAGAUAUCUGCUCACUGAGCAGGUUUUGUUGUUUUUUUUUUGCCAUUUGAUAAAUGUUUUGCUUACUUAAGUCACUUAUAAAAAGUAUCAAAGUAGAAUAUGUUCGAUUUCCAAAAGGAAAUGAUGAUCACUGAUGAUCAUGUAUACUUUUUUGUGUGUUUAUUUUUCCCUUUUAAACUGCAUACGUAGUGAAGGAGUUGAUUUUGGAGUGGGGAAAGUAUUGUGGGUGAAUCUAUUCAGCUCUUGGAGUUCAUUGUUUGUACCCCUCACUUGCACACAGUGGUUUCAGAUUUUUGGUAAUAGUCUGACAUGGGAUGCGGUGUCCUCAGAGCAUCAUGAGCACAGUGUUUACUUAGUGUGGUCCCUAAAUACCAUGGUGGAGCUAGGCUGCCAGAUCUCUGACGAGUGUCAGUGGAAGGUCUCUUGUCAUUUUGCUUCUCUGUCCUUCGUUUUCCAUGGAUCUCUUUACUGUUCAUUUCUGAUUACAAAUGGGAAGAACUUCAUGAGUCAUGUAGAGCAUCAUGUGGUUUUUGUGUUAUCUCCCUCAGACUCACAGACUGAGGAGCCUGUUGCUGGAGCUGUAGGCAUCUGUGUAGUAUUUGGCAUUUGUGGUACAUGCAUCUAAUUCAUGGCUUUUGUUUAUUUGUACUAACUGGUGAUGAAACUUUUCAAGACUUCUCAUAGACCUCUAUUUCUAAAAGAAAAGGGAAUACUGCAAACUUUUUGGCUAAUAAGUUUUGUUGAGUUCCCAGUUGGCUUCAUGGAGACCACAGGACAGCGAGACCUUUUCCCCUCCUAACCUACUUGAUACUACAUAGGAGAGAUUCCAGGUAAUCCAUGUAGUGUAGAAUCGUAGAAUGAUUUGGGUUGGAAGGCACCUUAAAGAUCCUUCAGCUCCAGCCCCCUGCUCAGGCAGGGACACCUUCCACUAGACCAGGUUGCUCAAAGCCCCAUCUAAACUGGCCUUGAACACUGCCAGGAUGGGCCAGCCACAGCUUCUCAGGACAACCUGCUCCAGUGUCUCACCAUUCGCACAGGGAAGAACUUCUUCCUCAUAUCUCAAUCUCCCCUCUGUCAGUUUAAAGCUAUUCUCCUUGUCUUGUUCACACCUGCCCUUGCCAAAAGCCCCUCUUCAGCUUUCUUGUUGGCUCCUUUAGGCACUGCAAGCUGCUCUAAGGUCUCCCUGGAGCCUUCUCCAGGCUGAGCAAGCCCACCUCUCUCAGCCUGUCUCCAUAGCAGAGGUGCUUCAGCCCUUGGAUCAUCUUGGUGGCCUCCUUUGGAUCUGCUCAAGGUGGACAUUUCUAUCUUGAAAUCUAGAAUGAAAUAUUUAGAAAGAGCAAGCUGCUCGUCAUUUUGCUGGUGAUGCAGCCCAGGACACAGUUGGCAUUCUGGGCUGUGAGCGCACAUGUCUAUUGCCUGUGGCAGAGAACACUAAUUUCUUCAGUUCCUACAGUUCAGCAGCUAUUUUAGUUCAAAGUAGCUGUUGUAAUAUGUGUGUGUGGUGUUUUUGUUUGUUGGGUUUGGGUUUUUUUUUAAGUGUCUAUAUUAGAAAAUUCUUCUUUUACUGCUUUCAAAUACAACAAUUUUGGUGCAAUAUUUUUAGCUAAUGAAGCUUUCAACUGUUUAUUCCACUAAUAGUUGAUGUGAAAAUUUCCUGUGUCAGGGUAUUUCAGCCUACCUUUUAAAGAACGGUACAGGAAAUCACAUAGUGUAUGUUAAUUUUCAAGAUUUUACUCUGCCUUGUUUUGUAUUAAUUAAUAUUAGUUUGUUAGAUUUGAGUACUACACUGCAGGUUCUCAAUUUACCGUCCAAGUUGUUACUGGCAUGCACUUUACUUACUUGCUGGUUAUGGCAAUUACAUGUACAUUCACUAUGUGCUGUGAAAUAAAAUACUGUCUGGGGUUCUCUUGUUUGUUUCUGAUCCCGAAAUCACUGUUGUUUUACUGUGAAAGGAAGAUAUGUUUGCACAACUAAUUAUUUAAUGAAUUUCAAAGCGUACUUUGCACAAAAUGCAUGUGAACUGAACCUGGUGCUGACGCUGACUGGGAACGAAUCUCUGAACUGAAUUAGUGUGAACCAGGAUUGCCAAAAGUAAAUCCUGAUGACAUGUCAUUUAGUUUAGCAUUCUUGGUGCCAUACUUGUAUUGUUGUGGUUUUUAGCACUAGCUAUUGCAUCUUACUCGGUAUUUUGUGGUUUGUAUUAGUCCAACAUUUCCAUGAUAAAGCAAAAAAUUGUAAUACUGUUUGUAAGAAGUGACCCAUUCUAGAGCUGUGUAUUAGAUGAAUUUCAUGUGCCCAGAGGACUUUCAGUCUGUAAUUUCUUCUUAUUAAACAUCUUUGAAAAAUGA